AUGCCGCACUCGGUCGCAAACGAAGCCCCCGCCAAAAAGGCCAUGCCUCGGAACUGGAUCAUGGGCCCCGAGGCCUUCAACCGGCGGAUGCCGCACCACGAAGGCAUCCGGGCGCUCUGGGAGACCAAGUGGAAGUUCCCCUGCACGAGGUCGCUGUAUCCGUUCCACGACGGCGCGUACGAGGACUUUGAGCCCGUGUUCGAGUUCCUCAUGCGCAAUAACAUCAACGACGGCACCUCUGUCGAGUACACCAGUGCCUUCUUCCCCGUCGCCGAGUCGCUCUCCAAGAGGGGCGACGAGGCCAUGGUAAAGGGGGACAAGGAGACCGCCAGUGCGUUGUACCUCCGAGCCGCCUGCGUGCUGCGCAUCGCGCGGUUUCCUUACAUUACAUCGUUCCCCGAGAUCAGCUGUCCAGAGAAAUGGAAGGCAUGGGAAUUUCAAAAGGAGGUCUACAUGAGGGCGGGCCGGUCCUGGAAGUCGCCUGUCACUGAGGUCUCAAUUCCACACACGCACAGAAAAGGGGCUGACCGGAACUCAAUUCCCGUGUACGUCCGCGUCCCGGAGGGCAUGGCAGAGGGCCAAAAGUGCCCGGCAGUGCUCUUAAUCACAGGGCUGGACGGCUACAGGCCUGACAACACAGUCCGGUGCAACGAGUUCCUGUCCCGGGGCUGGGCGGCCGUGGUGGCCGAGAUCCCGGGGACGGCGGACUGCCCGGCAGACCCGGCGGACCCGGACAGCCCGGACCGGCUGUGGGACAGCGUCUUCGGGUGGAUGGCGGCAGAUGGGCGCUUCGACAUGUCGCACGUGCUCGCCUGGGGGCUGAGCGCGGGCGGCUACUACGCCAUCCGCAUCGCGCACACGCACAAGGACCGGCUCCGGGGCGCCAUUGCUCAGGGCGCCGGCUGCCACCACUUCUACGACCGCGAGUGGAUGGACAAGGCCGACGGCCACGAGUACCCGUUCCAGCUGUCACCCGCGUUCGCCAUGAAGCACGGGUAUGCGAGCGUGCGCGAGUACAAGGAGGGUGUGCAGAAGAAGUUCUCCCUGCUGGAGACGGGCGUCAUCCAGAAGCCCUCGUGUAGGCUUCUGCUGAUCAACGGCACCCUCGACGGCCUCAUGCCGAUCGAAGACUCGAUGAUGCUAUUUGAGUACGGCUCGCCGAAGGAGGCGAGGUUCUUCUCAAACGCAUUGCACAUGGGCUACCCCCUGGCGAACGACUCUGUGUACCCCUGGAUGGAAUCUGUCAUGCGCGUUUGA